AGUCAAGACUGGCUCUGGUUCCACCUCUCAAUGCUGGACGAAGACGAGGAAGGGUACGGUCUGAACUUAUUGGGCGAAGUAUUGAUGGGGUACGGAGAGAGGUAUUUCGAGGGUCGAGGUGCGAGCGCGGGGGCGGAGGGCCAGGCACAGGCGAAGGGCAAGAUGCGAUUGUGGGCGAGUGUGUUGGUUAUGACCGGAUAG